GUUUGUGGAGGGGGAGAGGGAAGGAAAGUGAAGAGGAGUUGGGAGUUCUAGUUACUCAAACAUUGGUGGCUAAUAUUUAUGUCAAUCGAGAGUGUGGCGCUUAAGAAUGUGACCGGAUGAAAAACAAUCCAUAGACUGCAUUAGAAAUCGCAAGGGAUACAUAGUGAUACAUAGGUACUACACAGGGCGACGCAGGUAGUGUCAGCAUGUUGGUGGUGUGUGUUGCUGUGAUCUUCAGCCUGGUCUCGGUGAGUCAGACGGCUCCUUCUUCUCAAGACUGCGAGAAACUCCUCAAACCCCUGGACAUGGAGACCAAUGAUCUGCUCCUAGGGAAUUGGUCUUUGGUGGCUGUCAGCAACAAUCGACCAGGCGCCAGGACUCUAAGUGAAGUUCUGUUAAUUAACGCCCGAUGGGACAUUGUACGCUGGGAAAAGAGCGACGUACUGAAAAGCACCAUUUGUGUGAAAUAUCCCGAUAGGACCACUGGGCCAAGAAAUAACAUCUCUUUGCUGAUUAGUGAAAAAUGUCUCAGUUACAGUUUCAACAUGACUCUUGAAGACAACAAGCUUAGCUGGAUGUCCGGAGUGCCUUCCACUGCCAUUUUCCUGCCCACUUGUCCAGACUGUCUUUUGACCCAGACUACAACCUCCAUCAAUGGAAACACCUACAUCUCUCUGGAACUCUACAGUGAAAGAAGGGAACUCACUACUGAUGAACUCUCUCAGUUUAAAACACAGGUUGAAUGUCUCAAAAUGCCACCUGUGUAUUUCAUCAACACAACAACAGAGCUCUGUCCAGACUAUGUCGGAGUAGAACCCCAGAUGAAUUUCACACCCAACUUCUUCCGUGAAAUUCUGGACUUCAUGGAGAGAAAUAUUGUCAAGGUGUCGAUGAGAAUCAUUGAUUUCCUCAUCGAGAAGGGAGAGCACCAGGGUUUGUUAAGACCUGGAGAUGUCAGAGCCUCAGUUUUGAGCCUGUUGGAAUUAAUACGUUUUUUUGUAUUUAACUGAAGAUCUGUUUUAUGUUCUCAGUUGAAACCUUACAGUACAUCAUUUUAAUCUGCCCAAAUACUUUUGGAACCCUAAAAUAGG